ACAAAAAAUCAAAAGAAAUUUCCAGCGCAAAGAACAAAUAUCAACACAAGAUGGCACAGAGCAAACUGAAUGAUUUGGCUGGAAAAUUCGGCAAAGGAGGUCCUCCCGGAUUGACGACGGGUCUGAAGGUUUUGGCCGCUUUUGGAGCGGUUGCGUAUGGCGUUAAAAACUCCAUGUACACCGUCGAAGGUGGUCAUCGUGCGAUUAUAUUCAACCGUAUCGGCGGUGUGGGUGAUGAUGUUUUUGCCGAAGGUUUACACUUCCGCGUGCCCUGGUUCCAGUAUCCCAUCAUUUACGACAUCCGAUCUCGGCCACGCAAAAUUUCAUCCCCAACCGGUUCGAAGGAUCUGCAGAUGGUGAAUAUUUCGCUCCGUGUCCUGUCCCGUCCCGAUGCACGCAAACUGCCGGUCAUGUACCGUCAGCUGGGCCAAGAUUACGACGAAAAAGUGUUACCUUCGAUUUGUAACGAAGUGUUGAAGAGUGUGGUGGCCAAAUUUAACGCUUCCCAGCUGAUCACCCAGCGUCAGCAGGUAUCGCUACUGAUUCGCCGUGAACUCGUAGAGCGUGCGGCCGAUUUUAACAUCAUUCUUGACGAUGUGUCGCUGACGGAGCUGAGCUUCGGCAGAGAAUAUACGGCGGCAGUUGAAAGCAAACAGGUUGCCCAGCAGGAAGCACAGCAGGCUGCAUUUUUGGUGGAACGUGCAAAACAGGAACGACAGCAAAAGAUUGUACAGGCUGAGGGUGAGGCAGAAGCGGCCAAAAUGUUGGGUCUUGCCGUAGCUGAAAAUCCUGGUUAUCUUAAGCUUCGAAAGAUUCGUGCAGCACAGAACAUUGCCAGAACGAUCGCAAACUCACAGAACCGUGUCUACCUCUCUGCCAACAGUCUGAUGCUGAACAUUCAGGAUGAUACGUUCGAUGAUAUGUCGAAGAAAGUUUCAAGAAAAUAAAUACGCACACCAUAGGUGCAUUUAAAAACCUAUUGCCUAAAACUGAUAAUACCAUAGCCCGCGAAAAACAAAGAACGAUAAUCGAACCUAGUUACUCUUAAACUGCCGGAAAAAGCUAUGAGCAAAAGAAAAAACACACCACAACGCGAGAAACCACCAUAACGUGAAACGGCCAUCCUUCCUCCUUCUCCGGCAACGGUGGUGUGUCCUGUGUGCGAUACAGAAACAUGGAUGAAUGGUCAGGAAAUAUGCUAGAUGGAUUAUAUGCAGCGAUUUCGUGUUCCUUUAUCUCAGUUUUUGUUUGCCCGCAAAUCCCAUUACAGGCGGAGAUUGACAAAUGAAUCUUCGAUUUAUUAAUGUUUGUUAAUUUCCGCGGCAAAAUAUUUGGGCGAUAUGUGGAUUGUGUAGAGUACGAAGGGCCAACGAUGUUCAAUUUACGCUAGUGAUCGUCGGAGAAGAGCGUCAGGAUAGGAAGAACAGUUUCGCGUGUUCGUCCGGUGCGUGAAACAUUCGGUUUAAUAAGUGGUGUGGUAGUAUCAAACCUGGAAAGAAUAGGCCGCCGGCACGAUCUGGAUCAAGUUUUGUUUGUGUUCGAGCGCAGGUUGCAUUUUUGUUUAGUUUAGUCGUUAAGAAGGUGCAUUUUGUGAGCGAAUAAAAGUAGAAGGAAUUGGCUCAAUUCCUGUUUCCCUGGGACACCGAUUUCGUGGUGUGGUAGUAGUAAACGAA